AUGGCAGUCUUGUCACUAUACUGGGGCGUUCUGUUCAGGGUCGACGCAAAUCUGCGAUCCAUCUUGAUCAAUGUGGUGGAUUUCGACGGUCAAGUUGCACCGUACAAUAAUGUGCAGCCAAUUGUCGGCCCUGCUGUCACAAGCCUGACUCAGCAGUUGUACGAUUCGUCUGAGCCGUCUCUUGGAUAUACGACGGUACCUUCAACACAAUACAAUAACGAUCCACUCCAGGUCCGUGAAGCAGUAUACAGAUGGGACGCAUGGGCCGCUAUCGUCGUGAACCCUAACGCCACAGCCCUCUUGCAAGAAGCGGUCGCGACGGGCAACACCUCAUACGAUCCCACAGGAGCCGUCCAAAUCAUAAUACAAACAGCACGGGACUCUACCACAAUGCAGAGUGAUAUCCUGCCCUACCUCGUCCAAUUCAUAGAAGAGUUCUCUGCCAUGUUUGGACCCAUGUGGGGGCAAAUUAUCAUGUCAAACAACAGCCUCACGCGGGAGAACUUAGCGAGCGCCUCUGCGGCUGUGAACCCGGGCGUUGCUCCGCUUCUCUACGAUCUGCGACCCUUUCAGCCGCCUGUUGCGACACCUACCGUUAGCAUCGGCCUGAUUUAUCUCAUCAUCAUGGCUUUUUUCUCUUUCUCCUUCUUUUUGCCUAUACACAUGAAAUACAUUCAACCGCAAGGUCAUCCACCACUACACUUUUGGCAGCUCAUCAUAUGGCGCUGGCUCGCCACCGUUGCAUCAUACUGCUUCAUCAGCCUCGGCUACUCUCUCAUCUCUCUCGCCUUCCAGAUUCCCUUCACGGAACCACCCGCAAGUCACGUCUACUCUCCUCCCCCGUCAGGCGCAACGGCAUAUGGCCACGCCACAUUCCUCGUAUACUGGCUAGUCAACUACCUUGGGAUGAUCGCACUCGGCCUAGCAUGCGAGAACGUCGCAAUGAUCGUUGGUCAACCCUGGGUCGCCUUGUGGCUCAUUUUCUGGGUCAUCUCAAACGUCUCGACAUCCUUCUACAGCCUCGAUCUCGCUCCAGGCUUCUACGGAUGGGGCUAUGCUUGGCCGCUCCACAAUAUUGUCGAAGCGAGUCGGCAGAUGCUUUUCGAUCUGCAUUCCAGGAUUGGCCUGAACGUGGGCAUCCUAUGUGUAUGGGCGGCUAUCAACACAGCGCUGUUUCCUAUUUGCUGUUACUUCAUGCGCUGGAAGGGACUUCGAUACUGCUUUGACGAGGCGUUGGCUUCAUGA